AUGUCACACAAACUGCCAUCUUCCACUGACAAAUACUACUUUGAAGUGCUUCAAAAUGAGCAGAAAUCGGAGAUGCUCAAGUUUUUAUUCGAGAGUUUUCGAGUUGAUGAACCUCUGAAUCGCGCAUCCAAAAUUUCUCGAGAAGAAAUUGAAAAAUGUUUGAAUGGAGCACUCGAUAGAGCACUCAAAACAGAAUCUUCGAUACUUGCAAAAACGAAAGACACUCAUGAAAUUGUCGGAUGUAUGUUGAAUUCCGUUUGGAGACGUGAUGAAUCGACGAGUACUCCAGAAGAAGGAGAGGAUAAAGAUUUUGAAUUUCAUACAAUCCGAAAAGAAGUUGCAAUUGUUGGAGAGAUUCUGAAUGAGUUACACGAGAGUUUUUGGAGUUUGAGACCUGAUCAGGAUGUUGUUUUGCAUUUUGAAAUCUCAUCAGUAAGUGUCAAUCACAGAAGGCAAGGAUUGGCAUCGAAAUUCAUGAAUUGGUCUGAAAAUGAAGAGUUUCUGAAAUCACUUGGAGCAACUGGAAUUGCAACUGAAGCUUCAUCUCUUGCCAAUCAGCUACUCCUUACCAAAAGAGGAUAUCAAACUCUUACAACAACACUUCUGGAAACUAAAGUGGAUUCAGAAACAGGGAAACCCGUUUUGGUUUGUGAUGAUGGAACGGAUCGAGUCAAUUUGAUGUUCAAAGAAAUUUGA